AUGUUUGUAAUUCUCGAAUACUGUUCUAAUGGGAGCGUUUUGGAUUUACUAUUAAAACAAAAUCAACUCUCUGGAAGAAAAAUAUUAACAAUAGUUUCUCAACUAGCAGCUGCCAUUGAGGUUUGCCAUUCUAAUAGUGUUGCACACCAUGAUAUUAAGCCAAACAAUAUCCUAAUUGACGAGUACAACCAAGUCAAACUCGCCGAUUUUGGUAUGUCCACGCAUUUGGAAGGAAUUUCUACAAAAUUUAUGGGAUCAAUCAAUCUACUUGCGCCAGAAGUUAUUAAUAAAUCUCCAUAUGAUCCAUUUAGUGCUGAUAUUUGGUCAUUUGGAGCCACAAUUUUGGCUUUAAUAGUAAGUGAUUGGUUUUUGAAAGGAAUCCCAUCACAUAAAGCUCAACUCAUGGUUCAAUCAGGUGAAAUACAAAUCCCUGAAGAAACACCUCAUGAAUUAAUUGAAAUUAUCAAACAUUCAAUGAUAAGAGAUCCAGAAAAAAGAUGGAAUAUUACACAGAUCACAAAUUAUCUUAGAGAAUCCUUGGGGUCUGUUUUACAAGCGCCUAACAGAGCCUCAAGAAUUCUUCCAAGAUUAUCAAGGACCGUUGCAGUUCCUCAGUCCAAUAGACUAUCUCUUCCAGCAUUUUCAGUCAAGGCAUGUAAUAGCAGAAAAGUCUUAUCUUUAUCUAAACUUGCACCUCUUGUUCCCAAGUGA